AGAAACUAGCUUACAACGGCUACAACAAGCACGAAGCACGCUAUCUUGGGCUUCUCCCGCAAGACACUCUUCAUUGCAACUGCAGCUGUUUGUGGAGCGGCGCGGACAUAUUAAUUGGCAUAUUGAUGUAUAUUGCAACACAAGUUGGGGCUGCCUUGGGAGGUUUAACAAUCGCGAAGUAGAUCGCACGCGCAUGCUCCCAGAGCAACGCCUGCCAACUGCAUUUACACACAGCAUAGCAUAGCUAGUGGUCAGCGGCAUACUUUGCCGCCGUAAUUGAGGUCAUUAGCAUAAAAAUGCAGCUCGGCCAGCGCGUUCGCCCCUUCAGCGGCGCCUCGGCGGCCCGCAAGCCCGCCCGCGCUAGCGUCACCGUGCGCGCGUCCGGUGCCAAGCGCGACCCCAAGCAGCGCAUUGUCAUCACUGGUAUUGGGAUUUGCAGCGUCCACGGCAACGACCCCGAUACCUUCUACCAGAAGCUGCUGAACGGCGAGAGCGGCGUUGGCCUGAUCGACCGAUUCGAUGCGUCGGAGUUCCCCACUCGCUUCGCCGCCCAGAUCAGGAACUUUGACGACGAGAACCUGAUCGACAAGAAGAACGCCCGCCGUUACGAUGACUGCCUCAAGUACACUAUGGUGUCGGGCAAGAAGGCUCUGAUCAUGGCCGGACUGGAGAAGGAGCGCUGCUCCGAGGGCUACAAGAAGGUUGACCCCACCCGUGUGGGUGUGCUUGUGGGCACCGGUAUGGGCGGCCUGACCGUCUUCCAGGACGGUGUGUCCAACCUGGUCCAGAAGGGCUACAAGAAGAUCUCGCCCUUCUUCAUCCCCUACGCCAUCACCAACAUGGGCGGCGCCCUGCUGGCCAUUGACCAGGGCUUCAUGGGCCCCAACUACUCCAUCUCCACCGCCUGCGCCACCGCCAACUACGCCUUCGUGGCCGCCGCCAACCACAUCCGCAACGGCGACGCCGAUGUCAUGGUGGCGGGCGGCUCCGAGGCGCCCAUCAUCCCUGUGGGUCUGGGCGGCUUCGUGGCGUGCCGCGCGCUGUCCACGCGCAACGACGACCCCGUCAAGGCCUCGCGCCCUUGGGAUUGCGACCGCGACGGCUUUGUGAUGGGCGAGGGCGCGGGCGUGCUGGUCAUGGAGUCGCUGGAGCACGCCACCAAGCGCGGCGCCAAGAUCUACGCCGAGUACCUGGGCGGUGCCGUCACCUGCGACGCACACCACAUGACCGACCCCCGCUCCGACGGCCUGGGCGUGUCCACCUGCAUUGAGCUGGCGCUGAAGGACUCGCGCAUCCCCAAGGAGCAGGUCAACUACAUCAACUGCCACGCCACCAGCACGCUGGUGGGUGACAUCGCCGAGGUCAAGGCCAUCAAGAAGGUGUUCACGGACACCAAGCACCUCAAGGUCAACGGGACAAAGUCCAUGAUCGGCCACUGCCUGGGCGCCGCCGCCGGUGUGGAGGCCAUUGCCACCCUCAAGGCCAUCGAGACCGGCUGGCUGCACCCCACCCUCAACCAGCACAACCUGAUUGAGGAGGUGGCUGGCAUUGACACCGUGCCCAACGAGAAGAAGCAGCACCAGAUCACCGCUGCCAUCUCCAACUCGUUCGGCUUCGGCGGCCACAACUCCGUGGUGUGCUUCGCGCCCUUCCAGGAGUAAAGCGCUCGGGUGUUUUGCUGGGGCGGCCCGGUGCUAUGUGGGCCUGGGGCUUGCUGGGUAAAAGCCUGGGGUCGAAGGCGCAAGGGACUAGCACGGUCUGCGUGAGCAGAGGAGGUGCCUGUCGCGCGCGGGGAGGCGGCCUCGUGAGGGCGGCGCUGCAGCGGGGUGGGGUGUCGUACACGGAGGUGGCGUGGGCCCGGAGGCCUGGUACGGGUGUGUGUCAUUUUAGGCUUCUCUUGACUAAAAUAUGUUUUGAAGGAGGUGGCGGCUGUAGGCAAGGGGAGGCGCGGCCCUGGAGGGCGGUUGUCGUGCUCAAGUGUGCGUGGGGCGGUAGGUUCGUGCCCCGGUGUGCAUGGACUCUUGCCCGCUUUGUGUCGCAGGCUGGCCCCCAGUUUGGUCUUUAUUUGUAGAGUUACUUAGUGGCUGUCAGUCCAGUCAGUGAGGGACUUCUAGUUUUUCUUUAGAAGCAGACGCGACUGGCCGAUCGCGCCGUUUUCACCGAAACGCAACAGAUCGACAGGCUGGGCUCUCGCACUUAUACCAACAAGGAGACAGCAAUCGUUAAGACACGCGAGGCAGCUAUCAGCGCGCUCCGCGCGGAGGAGCCCGACUACAUCAUUCGCGCGCAAGCAGCUGCGGAAGGCGACCUACCAGCAGCGUGCCCAGCUCCGGGCGCAGGCGCUGGUCCAGACCAGGCGCUGGUCCAGACCAGGGUCCUGGGGGCUCCGGCUCGGGUUCGGACUCUGGCUCGGGCUCGGGCACAGGCUCGGGCUCUGCUGCGAGCUCCGACAGCGACGGGCAACGGACGCUCGCAGUGAUGGUUAUCGGGGCUGGUAAUGUGUGGGAGGUUGGGUCUCCUCUGUCAAUCGCUAUCGUGCGUCUCCCACAACCGUGAGCAGCCAGCCUAUCUCAAAGUGUCAUUUUAGGCUUCUCUUGACUAAAAUAUGUUUUGAAGGAGGUGGCGGCUGUAGGCAAGGGGAGGCGCGGCCCUGGAGGGCGGUUGUCGUGCUCAAGUGUGCGUGGGGCGGUAGGUUCGUGCCCCGGUGUGCAUGGACUCUUGCCCGCUUUGUGUCGCAGGCUGGCCCCCAGUUUGGUCUUUAUUUGUAGAGUUACUUAGUGGCUGUCAGUCCAGUCAGUGAGGGACUUCUAGUUUUUCUUUCCCACCCGCCCGCCCUGUCUUUGGAUGUGUUUUCUUUUGUGAGGGUUGCUUGGUGUAGCGGAGUUAGGGGUUUCCGCCCGGGGGGAGGUUUCUGCUUGGCGGCAAACGGGAAGCUGCCGGGCAGACCCGCAGCCGCAGCCAGGUGGAGGGCUGCGGCGGGGCCAAGGCGCGAGCAGCGCGCAAUAGGGCAACGGACGCUCGCAGUGAUGGUUAUCGGGGCUGGUAAUGUGUGGGAGGUUGGGUCUCCUCUGUCAAUCGCUAUCGUGCGUCUCCCACAACCGUGAGCAGCCAGCCUAUCUCAAAGUGUGUGCAGUGUGCUGCGGAAUGCAGGCCGCGGCCACAUGCGCGGGGCGGCAUGAGCGGUUGCGCGGUAGCUGGCGCGCGGAUGCCGUGGGCACCCUUGGCGCCGGGGGCCACUGCCUUCGCGAGAAGAUUUUAGCUUUGUGUCAAAUGUGUGUUUGUGUGACCUCAGUGUUUGUGUGACGUGUGACUCGGAACCUGCUACGAUUCUUGCGGCGGAGCUCAGGAUCGAGGCUGGCGGAAUGCCGGAGAUUGGCACAGCAGAGGACCAGACCCAGGGGUGGGCGGACACGGACAGGCGGGCGGUGCUGGCGGUGGCUUGCGCGGUUGCACCUGUGUAAAUCCUUUACAGA